GUCAUUUCCGCCAGGAGGACCGGAACUCGUCGCCGUGCUGGGGUUUCCCGGGCUGCUGUGGCAGGGGCUCUUCCUUUUCGGCUCCGACAUCUUGAAGCAGCAACAUGCCUCCAAAAGAUGAUAAGAAGAAGAAGGAUGGAGGCAAAGGAGGCAAAAAGGAUAAAGAUCCAGUAAACAAGACUGGGGGCAAGGCCAAGAAAAAGAAGUGGUCAAAAGGAAAAGUAAGAGACAAGCUGAACAACUUGAUCCUGUUUGACAAAGCCACAUAUGAUAAGCUGUUGAAAGAGGUACCCAACUACAAACUCAUCACGCCUGCUGUUGUCUCUGAAAGGUUAAAAAUCAGAGGUUCACUGGCUAGAGCUGCCCUCCAGGAGCUGCUUUCAAAAGGCAUGAUCAAGUUGGUGUGCAAACAUAGAGCACAGGUUAUCUAUACACGAAAUACCAAGGGUGGUGAUGCACCUGCUGCUGCAGAUGAUGUGUAAUAAGGUUCUGGAAUGGAUUUCAAGUGAUGCUAUUUAGAUAUCAGUAAAAUUAGAAAUAAAAUUGUCUUUAACAACA